AUGAAGAAGGUUUCAAGGUUUGUGAAUAGUGACAUUCUCUUUGAUGUUCUGUCCCGGAUUCCGGUAAAGGCCUUGCUAGGUUUGAAGUGCAUUUGUAGAGUUUGGCACCGCAUCAUUUCCAGCCGUUCCUUCAUCAAAGCUCAGAUGGAAAACACAGAGCAUGUCUUAACGGGGUUCAUUUACCAAGAGAAGUUUGAGUUUUGCAAUGAAGACAUCGAAAUUGUUAGUUACAUUCCUGUUGAGACAAGAGGCGCCAAAGUUGGUCACAUGGUUUUCAAUUUUCUUCCUGAAGAUGUUGUUAUCUUGGCAUCAUGCAAUGGGCUAGUCUGUUGUGGUAGCUGUUUCCCUUUUCAAGAACCAACUCUAUAUAUCUGCAAUCCUUCAAUUAAAGAGUGGAUUAAGGUGGAGUGGCCUUCCCAUCACAGAAUAGAAAACGUAGCACUGGCUUUUGAUCCAUCCAAAGAUUCCAUUGACAUCUCUACCAAAUUUAAAUUGGUAAGAGUUAAGCAGGAUGAGAAUAGAGACGAGAGAUUGUACUUAACAUUUGAAUUAUACUCCUCAGAAACCGGAGCAUGGAGGAAAUCCAAUGAAAUCUGCCAAUGUAAUAACAAUUUGAUCAAGAAUAAAGGCAUAUACAUAGAAGGGGUUUUACAUUGGCUUACGGAUGGUGAUCAAGUCCUGACUUUUGACGUUGAGAAGGAGCUGUCUUGGUUGAUUUCAGUACCAAUUCCAACCUUGGAGUUUAGGACUAUCCCUGAAGCAUGUAUUGGAGAAUCUGAAGGCAAGCUGCAUUAUGUCCUAGUAUCAGAGGAAGGUCUUCAUGUAUGGUAUCUUGAAGAUUAUUAUGAGUUUAAAUGGACACUCAAGCAUUAUAAAUCUCUAGAGGAAAUUGAGGGAGAAUAUCCACGCUUCUUUUUAAAUUUAAAGAAUCGAGUGUCACAGCGAGUGAGUGUGGAUACAAACUCAUGGAUGAAUCCUCUAGGAUUCAAAGAUGGGGUUUUACUGAUGAAAGUGCGUGCACAUAUAUACAUGUAUGACAUUAACAAUAACAAUAACAAGAUGACUCAAGCUUGUUCUAUUGAAGAUCUGAACUCAAAAUGCACGUGGUGUCCUACGAUACUUCCCCAUUCCCUGAGCUUGAUUCCGUUAAAUCAUGGAGAUAAGGUUCCUUUUACUCCCUACUAG